UAUGUAAAAAAAGAAGUUGGGCAGUGCCUAAUGAGCUACCAAAAGGUCACGGACCAACAGGAAAUUUAUUUGAUCUGACCCGAAAAAUAGUAUUUGAGAAACGACAAUUUUAAACGAUCCGUACGUGCAUAGUUCUGGUUAGCGUGAAUACAUUUUUAUUUUGUGUAGUUAGUUCCUCGCGUUUCUUAUCAUUAUUAUCACAUGGCGAAGAAACGUGUACAAAGUGGAAACGUUGGCAUUCGUACUUUAACUUACCUCAAAACGCUCGCGAGGGGCCAAAAUUGUAAGGCGGACGUUGUGCUAGAGUGAUAAACUAGCAUGGUCGAUAUUAUUUUCAUCAAGUUUUGAAAAUGGACUACAACAAAAAGCGGACGCUCGUAACUUGUCUCGUGUGCUCCAUCAUAUUCAUUGUGAUUUUCAACUAUGACCUGAUACCUAUAACUACUGUGAAGCUGGAGGAUGUCAAAGUGCUUGAAUUGAAGGACCUCGAUGGUCUUGCGGAAGACGACGAAAUGCUUUUAGCAUUCACGAGGCAGAUGUUGGUGAAGCCGAGCAGUGGCCCAUAUUUCCUCAGCAAGCCCGGUUUUUACAAUCCUGAGUACAAGUACAUUGUCGAGAAGCUUAAGAACCGAAGGAACGGUUUUUUCAUAGACUGCGGUUCCUUUGACGGCGAGGACGCGUCGGUAACGCUGCCCAUGGAAAUGAAUUUAAACUGGCGCGGCAUUUUGGUGGAGCCGGCACCCAGAAAUUUGUAUAGGUUGCGGUUGAAAAACCGAAAAUCGUGGAUAUUGCCGAUCUGCAUGAGCACAACCACUAAGUCAACGCUGGUUUCAUACCUUGACUCUGAGAUGCACAGCAAAAUCAUCGAUCACGACAGAGCGCAGUCCAAUAGCUACGCUUUAAAAACGAUUUGCAUCCCUUUCCAUACGCUAGCCCGUGCUAUGGGAGUGAAAAAAGUCGACUUUUUCAAAUUGGACGUGCAAGGCGCUGAGAUGGACAUUUUAAAAACCAUUGAUUUCAACCGCGUGACAAUCGAUGCCAUGAUAAUUGAUCACUACAAAUUUAAUAAGGAGGAGAAAAAAGAAAUUCUUCGUUUCAUGGAAGAAAAAGGUUACAUUUUGCUCAACACAACGCUUUUUGACUACAUUUAUGUACAUAAACGAGUGUAACAAAUAUUUACAAUCUAUAAUGAUUGCAAUUGUUCAAUUUUAUGUAGAGUGAAUUAGAUUCAUUCUGUUGGAAAAUAUACGAAAUAUCUGAUGUUGUUCAGAUUGGCCCAAUCCUUAUAGAUACAAAUUAAAGAAUCGAA